AUGUUUGAGAAAUGGUACCGUAAGAUGGAGCCGUGCGGCCCGUCGCUCCAGCUGCUGUCCGAGACGCGUGAUGCCCCACCGGAGCUGACACAGACACGUGGCAGAUACAGAUCCAAGUUGCAUGGUGCAACGGACUAUUUUGUGGGCCUGACAGUGGAGCAGAAAUGUGAGCUGGCUGAGCGGGAGCUGACUGAGAUGAAGGAUGAGAUUCAGAGGAUGAAGGAGGACUCAGAGCAGACCUUGCAGAACCUCGAGGCAGUCAUUGAAGAGGCAGAUGUUUGGUGGACUGAUGUUAAGAAAGCCAUCAGUGACUUUGAGAAAGACAUCGUCAGCACCAUCUCCAGCAAGAAAGGGAGUAUCAUAGCUUCUGAGAAGCUGCUGAGAUACAUGGAGGAGAAGAACCGCCAGAGGGAUCUGCUGCGAGAGAAGUUGCGCUUAAAAAAUUAUUUGCUCAAGGGUUACAAGAAGAAGCUGCAGCAGCAGCUCAGGCAGAAGGAGCAGAUGGGAGAGACACUCCACGAGCUCCGUUUGCAGCAGCUGCAGGUUAGAAAUGCCCAGUACCAGGAGAAGAUUGAUGAGAAGAACCAGGAGCUGCUGCAGCUAAAACUGACCUCAGGGAAGACUGUCCAAGUCCUCAACUUCUAUAAAAGGAAGCUGCAGGAUGCCAUGGAAACGUCCACGUCUCUGAUGAAAGACAUCUCCCAGAGGAAGGAGCUGCUGCAGAGAAUUGAAAGAGAAGCUGCUCUGGUGGAGGAGCAACGAGCCAAAGCUGAGAGUGUGAAUCGGCAGCUGCGGAAGCAGCUCUCAGACUACGACGUCCCCCCUGUGCUGAGUUACGUGCGGAAGAAGAUGGCUGUUACUGACCUCGAAAACAGCCUCAAGGCUUGGGAGAGGAAGGUGGCAGUUUCCGAGAUGUCCUUGCACAGCUACCGCAGAGCAUGGAACCAGGUCAAGAUGUCUGGUAACCAGCACUAGGCUUGUCUGAUGCUGCAAGGCGGGCAGUGGAAGCUGCAGAAGGAGCCAGCCCUGUGGGGAAGUUUGCUGUCAAGUGGGUAAAUGUAGCACCCUGCAAGCUGCAGUGAGAUGAAACCAGUUCUGCGUGAAAUGAUAAAGAA